UCAGUAGUAUUUUGGUUAUAUAGAUAUGGGUCUAAAGUCUCUAGUGAGUGCCAAAAUAGAAGUGAAAUCUAAUAAAGAUGUGCUUCAUCAUGUCUUUACACAUAAAUCACACCAUGUCUCUACUAUGUGCCCUAUGCAUAUUCAAGGUUGUGAACUUCUUGAAGGUGUCUUUGGAACUGCUGGCUCCAAAAUAUCAUGGACAUACAAAUAUGAAGGGAAAGAGAUGAUUUCGAAGCAGAUAACUGAAGCUAUUGAUGAUGAAAAACAGAUGAUCAUAUUUAAAGAAUUUGAAGGAGAUAUAGUGAAUAAAUAUGAAAAUUUCAAGGCAACAUUUCAUAUCGAUGCGAAAGCCGAUGCGGAUAUGGUGUGUUGGACAAUAGAAUAUGAAAGGCCAAAUGAAGAUCUGCCUGAACUAAUAAGUUUGAUGGAGUAUAUUGUUAGUGUCACCAAAGUUGUUGAUGAUCACCAUGUCAACAUGAAGUGAAUGUGUAUGCUUCAAAUACCUCAUGUUUUGUUUGUUGUUUGAAC